CAAAGUUAAUCUAUGCUUUAGGACUUUAUCUUUUUUCUGUGCAAUAUGUGUAAAUAGGGCAUUCUGGACCAGUUUAACCCCAGUCUGAAGAACUUUGUGACCAUGGGAAAACACUAUGAGAAAGCUCUGACAGGAGUGACUGUGGCUGCUAAGGGCUACUUUGAUGCACUAGUGAAACUUGGAGAGUUGGCUAGUGAUAGCCAGGGCUCCAAAGAGUUGGGGGACACGCUGUUCCAGAUGGCUGAGGUGCACAGGCAGAUACAGGUGCAGCUGGAAGACGUGUUAAAGCUGUUUCACUCUGAGAUGCUAGCCCAGUUGGAGCAGAAGCUGGAGUUGGACAUUAAAUACCUCACU